GAGCCGGUGGAGUGCAAGGGAGUGUUAUCAAUCAUAAUGCCAGGUCCCAGGGUUCUGCGUUGGAUGGGACCACUACAACUAGCAGCACCACCACCACAAAUGUCCAAGGUGGCUCUGAAGCUGCUAUUACCCCAGGGACCCUUAAUCAGGGCAAAUCAGUGGUAAUCAGUACCAUGGCAACAGCUUUAUCCACCAGGAAUGGUAAAAUCGGGACCACCGCAGUGCAGACUUUGAACGGAAGUAACGUGGUGAUGAAUUCCCACGCAUCUUUUUCGGCCACUCCUGUGACAGCGAAUCCUACCGUGGUCCCUGCGGUUGCCCCUCUUGUGAACAAUGGACCUGGAAAUAUUGGAAAAGUCAACACCGUGAACGCUGUCUUGCCAUCUGCUUCAAAUACUGUCAUCCAGACUUCUUUCCUUGGCCCUGGAGUGUCCUCUGCCUCUUCACCUUCACCUACGGUGAUCUCUUCACAACAGCCCCCCAAUAUCGGGACCGGGGGCCCAACGGUAGCGUUGGUAAGGCCGCCCAUCCAUGCGGCAGGACCCUUGGCUGCCGCCACGCAAAAUGGGAGCAGUACUGUGAUCAAUUCGACCAUCAACGUGGGAGGUUUUCCGACUGCGGCUGUUGCUGCCGCCACGGUUGGUUCAGGGGUGUCUCUCCAGACUUCUCUUGUGAACAGCCAGCCAGGAUCUGGGGUAUCCGCUGCUGCACCCACCACCCAGAUCAUCAAAGCGGAGUCUCCUAAAACUAUCGUGCAAACAGUCACCCAGCAGCAAACUCUGGCUGCAGCUGGCCAGCCUAGUACUACAGGGGGUAAUAUGAUCAUUGGGCAAACUAUGCAAGCUGGCCUACCCAACGUAGCUCCUAAUCCUGGCGGAGUACCUCCUGGACCUCCAGGUACUCCCACUGGUCUGGCUAAGGGUGCUGCCAAUACAGUGGCGCAGAGCCUGCCCAGGACUGCAACCGCAACCACCAGUGGAAUCCGAGCAACUUUGACUCCCACUGUUUUAGCACCUCGUCUGCCUCAGCCUUCUCAGAAUCCAACGAAUAUUCAGAACUUUCAGUUGCCACCAGGCAUGGUCAUUGUACGUAGUGAGAGUGGCCAGCUGCUGAUGAUCCCUCAACAUGCUUUGGCGCAAAUGCAAGCCCAAGCCCAUGCACAGUCCCAGUCUCAAACGACCAUGACUCCUCGCCCUGCCACAUCUACCAGUGCUUCUCCGGUCCAGCUCUCGACUGUGCAGGCACCGGGAACUCCUAUAAUUGCUCGGCAGGUAGCACCAACCACUAUAAUCAAACAAGUGUCUCAGGCACAGACAACUGUACAACCCACAACAACGUUACAGAGGCCGCCUGUAGUCCAGCCUCAGAUUGUUCUGGGUAGUCCUGCACAAACAACAGCAUUAGGAACAGCGACUACUGUGCAGACUGGAACCCCUCAAAGGACGGUGCAAGGAGCCACAGCAACCUCCACUGCGGCUACAGAAACCAUGGAAAAUGUGAAGAAAUGCAAGAAUUUUCUCUCAACGCUAAUAAAACUGGCCUCUUCUGGAAAGCAGUCGACGGAAACUGCAGCUAAUGUGAAAGAGCUAGUCCAGAACUUGCUGGAUGGAAAGAUUGAAGCAGAAGACUUCACCAGUAGAUUGUACCGGGAACUUAAUUCUUCACCUCAACCUUACCUUGUGCCUUUCUUGAAGCGGAGCUUACCUGCCUUGAGACACCUGACUCCUGACUCAGCCGCUUUCAUUCAGCAAAGCCAGAAUCAGCAGCCCUUGACGCAGCCCACGACCGCUCUGACCGCCGUGAUGUUGAGCAGCUCGGUCCAGCGUACGGCGGGAAAGACCACUGCCACUGUCACGAGUACCUUGCAGCAGCCGGUCAUCAGCCUCACGCAGCCAACCCAAGUGGGAGUUGGCAAGCAGGGGCAGCCCACGCAGGUGGUUAUUCAGCAGUCUCAAAAACAAGGUACAUUAAUUAGGCCUCCGCAGGUGACGUUGACCCAGACGCCCAUGGUGGCUUUGCGGCCACCGCACAACCGUAUUAUGCUGACCGCUCCUCAACAAAUUCAGCUGAAUGCACUUCAGACAGUCCCCGUGGUAAAGCAAACAGUAUUACCAGGAACCAAAGCUCUUUCUACUCUUUCAACCCAAGCUGCAAUUGCUCAGAAAAAUAAACUCAAAGAACCUGGGGGAGGCUCAUUUCGGGAUGAUGAUGAUAUUAACGACGUUGCCUCGAUGGCAGGAGUCAAUCUAUCGGAAGAGAGCGCACGUAUAUUGGCCACCAAUUCUGAAUUGGUGGGCACUUUAACAAGGUCGUGUAAAGACGAAACUUUUCUUCUCCCAACACCCUUGCAAAGAAGGAUAUUAGAAAUAGGAUGAUGAUAGAUACGAACAGGCAAGUGACGUCCGGGCACAACUCAAGUUCUUUGAACAACUUGAUCAAAUAGAAAAACAACGGAAAGACGAACAAGAAAGGGAAAUAUUAAUGCGCGCAGCAAAGUCUCGAUCUAGACAAGAAGAUCCGGAGCAGCUUAGAUUGAAACAAAAGGCCAAGGAGAUGCAACAACAGGAACUAGCACAAAUGCGGCAGAGGGAUGCUAACUUGACUGCGUUGGCUGCAAUAGGACCCAGAAGGAAAAGGAAACUGGAUUCUCCAGGGUCUGGAUCAGGGACAGAG